AAUGAUACAUCUAGGAGCUCGAUAUUACAGUCUUAUUAGACUUCUAUUGCUUGCUGUUGGUUUAUGGCCCUAUCAGCAAUCAAUAUUUACUCAAUUUCAGUUUAUUUUUUUCUCUGCUAUUCUGUCAGCGAGUAUUAUAUUUCAGCUGACACCAUUAAUAGUAUUAAAAUGUACUUCGGACCUUGUUACCAAAGUCUUGUCUUCCGUAUCUUUCUUUAUACUGUUUAUAAUAAAUUAUAACGCAUUCCGUCUUAACAUUGAAGUUGUGAAAAAGUUAUUGAUGGAGCUUCAACAUAUACUUAACAAAUUAAGGGAUAAAAACGAAAUUGCUAUUGCAAAAAAAUAUAGUUGUAUCGCUAAUCGUUACACGAUUACGCUUACGGGUAAGGCAAUAUUUAUUGAUUUUUGCAUGUAAUCAUAUUUUCGAUUUAAUAUCUGACAAUAAACUGUCAAGUGGAGUGAAAUCGA